CAAGCCAGAGGAAAUCUUGUGGAUUUCAGGAAAUUUCAGGUGUUCGUUCGAGUGUUCUCGCCUGCAUCGCCAUGCCACGCGACAAGGACGUCUACUUUGCCAAGCUUGCGGAGCAGGCGGAGCGUUACGAUGACAUGGCCGACUACAUGAAGGCGGUGGGCGACGACGGCAACGAGCUCUCCGUUGAGGAGCGCAACCUGCUGUCAGUGGCCUACAAGAACACGGUGGGAUCCCGCCGCGCUGCUUGGCGCAUCAUUUCGAGCGUCGAGCAGAAGGAGAAGUCCAAAGGCAACGAGGCACAGGCAGGCUAUGCCAAGGACUACCGCGUGAAGGUGGAGGAUGAACUGCAGAAGAUUUGCGACACCAUCCUGAAGCUCUUGGAUCAGGGCCUCAUCCCAAAAGCCACUCAGGCAGAGUCCAAGGUAUUCUACCAGAAGAUGAAAGCUGACUAUUACCGCUACAUUGCAGAGUUCCGCAGCGGUGAUGAGAAGAGCAAGGCGGCCGAGGAGGCUCGCAAGGCUUAUGCCGAUGCUGCAAAGGUGGCCAAGGAUGACCUGGCCGUGACUCAUCCUAUUCGCUUGGGCUUGGCACUGAACUACUCCGUGUUCAUGUACGAGGUGCUCAAUGAUCCAGAUGAAGCGUGCAAGAUGGCCCGCACUGCAUUUGAGGAUGCCAUUGCCGAAUUGGACAACGUGGCUGAAGAUUCCUACAAGGACUCGACGCUGAUCAUGCAGCUUUUGCGAGACAACCUUACCCUCUGGACUUCUGAUCAGGAAGCCGGAAAUUGAGGCUAUAAUUGAUGGGCAGUCAGCAAGAGUACAAUACGACAGUUGUGAAUAGCUGAUCUGCCACGCCUUGGGAGAUUGGGGGAACCAUACAGAAGGCAAUGAGUAACACUGUGCCGAAGAAAA